AGCAUUUGAAAUUCUUUGAUUAAAAAUUAGAAAUAUAAUAUAUCCAAAAUUAGACUGAAAUAUUAUAAUACCGUACAAAAUUAAUGUCAAUAAGUUUAUUUAUAAUAUUUAUUGGUUUGUUUUCAAAUAACUUAUAACAAAAUAAGGGCAAAAAUAUAAAAAUCGAGUACAUAAUCUUAUCUUUAUUGAAUCUUUUAUUAAUUCGUUUAUACAAAUAUAAUUUUUUUCGAAUAUCAAAGUGUUUUUUUUAACUAGGGCAAGUGAUAUUUUUGCUUUAUUUAAAUAAAAAAGAAUUAAAAUAAAAUGAAGAAAAUUUAUUUACAGAAUGUUUUUUAGGAAUUUUCUGUUCUAUGUAAAUUAUUUAGAAUUAAGCAGAUUAUUAUUUGAAGAUUUCAGGAACUUUUUUAUAUAUAAUUAUUUUUGAUAUUAUCAUUAAUAAUAAACUCUUGUUUAUUUUCGUAAGUAUUUUAUUUGCUUUGACUUUUUGUGUGUAUUUUUAUAAAGAAGAAUAAGGUUAAAGAGAACUUUUCUUGGAAUUAAAAAUGCGAAAUUAAAAUAUGGAUUUAUUAUAAAAUCUUAUAGACGAAAAAAUAGCUUCUGGCGUCGUUAUUAUAUCUAAAAAUGAAGAAAAGGAGGAAAUAAAAACCAAAUUUAUGAAUAAAAUCAUUAAAGAACAAUUAUAAAUAGAAAAAGAAACGGAAAUUAUCAAUAAACUAAAAGAAAUAAAAGUCCAAAAAUACGAUGAAAAAAAAGAAAUUAUUAAAAAAAGCAAUUUAAGUUAAGAUAUUGGACAUAUUGACUCUGAAUUAUUUGAUAUUGGAUGUAUUAUGGCUGAAAUUAUGGAUAUUUAUUGGUAUUAGGUUGGAGAAAAGAAUCUUAAAGUCAAGGAGAAAUAUGAAAUUAGAAAUAUAAAAAAUGAUAAAAAACGAAUUAAAUAAGUUUUAUUUGAAAUUAUAGGAAAUGCAAUAAAAUACACAGAUAAAGGUAAAAUUUAAAUAUCCACAAAAGAAGAAAAUAAAGAUUUUUUCUGGAUUAAAAUAUCAGAUACAGGGAAAGGAAUGACUGAAAGUGUUUAAAAUAACCUUUUUAAUGUUCGAAAAAGCGUUAUGAGAGUUUCUUUGGAGAAAAAUAAAUUCGCCAUGAAGGUUAAUGCAGGGUUAGGUUUAGAAUUUACAAGAAAAAUGGCUGGGAUUUUAGGACCUUUUGAUAAGGUUUUUAUUUAAUCAGGUGAAAAUUAAGGUUCUUCAUUUAAAAUUUUACUUUUUAAAGAUUGGGAUUAAAGGCAAAACGCUAAUUGUGAAGAAAUAAAAAAAAAAAUUGUUAAAGAUUUGAAUUAAAAUAAUGAAGAAAUAUUAACUCCUGAUUAUGAACUUAUGAAUAAAGGCACUAUUUUGAAAGCACCUGUGUUUGCUCUUUCAGCUUUUUCUGAUGAAAAGCUUAAAUGCUAAAAUAUUGGAAUUAAUAAUUGA